AGCCUCUAAAAUUUAUCACAAAAUUAAAAUGUAGCUCCAUAACAAGUAGCGGAUGGGCGAAGAACUGCUGCACACGCUAGAGCAGUCAGUGCUAGCAGUGCAGCAGAAGUAUGGCUUCCACUCCGGGCUGGCUAUUGAGGAGGACUACUGUGUUUCUACCAUGUGCAGAACUCUGGAAUGUGUUCUUCUUCAUCACGCUAAAUUUAGAAGAGCUAGUUUCUUGAAGGACACAGAUGAUGAUGUCUUGGUUUGGGACCUUGUGUCACGUUUUCUUGCUAAAUCAGAGAUCGUCAGAUUCGAGAACGAAGCCAACCUCAAAUCAGGAAUUGGAAGGUUGAGGAGUUGGCUACGAAGUGCUCUUAAUGACGGACUAAUUGAAAAGUAUCUCCAACAGAUAGCAGACUCUGAUGUCAGUUUACUGAGGUUAUUUUACGAUGAUGGAAGUGUAAUGCUAGAUAAAGAGUUAGUCUCCUCUCUUCCCGGCAUCUUAUCUGCAGUUUCUACAGUUCUCUUCUCUUUUGAUCUGGAUCGUACUGCGUUUAACACACCCAUCAGGAUAGACAGGACAAUGUCUGCUAAAAUAGUUCCCAACAAUGCCCACAAGCCACUCUCCUCUACUGGUAGCAGCUGCAGUAGCAAGGGAAAACGGAGAGUAAAACGAGCAGAGAUACUAGACACAGAUGUACCUGAAAUAGUGGAACCAGGAGCAGCGGACACGAUACCAAACAUAGAGAGACUGUUAGGUGGUUCCUCUCUAUUCGGGGGAGAAGAUGUUGAUCUGGAGAACCUGUUAGUGGGGCUCAUACCUCAACAUCCCACUAGCGGUAGCAGUGAUGAGGAUAAUCAACUCAAAGAAACUCUAACUCCUAAUACAGAUGUAGCGAGUCAGGAACAUACCGUUUCUUCGAGUCAAGAUUUGGUAAACUCCCCUCCCGUCCAGCUGACAAUACUCAACGAAGAUAUGGAUCUCAGCUUUGAAGUUGGUACACUCCCAGACACACCGACAUACGGAGAAUUUAAUACGCUCACCAAUAUAGAAGAAGACCCAGCAGAAUCUGACCAUGCUAGUCUAUGUGUAAGUGACUCCUCAAAGACAGAAACGGACGACCAGUUAUCCGAAUCGUUGGAUCCAUUUGACAUGCAGCCUGACUCUCUUCCUUUGCAGCCUGAGUCCCUUCCUUCAACUGAAUCUGCAUCUCCAGAUAACCUUCCCACACAACUAACUUUUACUGCAGCUGUCUGCUCUACCCAGUCUAUACAACACCAGGCAGUUUUUACUGUCAGUAAUACUGCAGAUAACAAUGAAAAUAAUGUGCCUCUAAAAGAAAGCAGUGUGCCUCUACAAGAAAACACUGUGGUUCAAAACGAAAAGACUGUGCCUCUAAAAGAAAGCAUUGAGCCUCCAAAAGAAAACAUUGUGUCUCAAGAUGAGAAAGUUGACCCUGUAAAGGAAUCUGUAUUAGAUGACAGAUGUGAGUCAUACGUGUUAAUAGAACAGGACGUUAGAGAGGGAGCUACUAAAGAUAGUGCACAUGCAAAAGGUGGUGGAAGUGAAAAUAUCAGGGAGAAUGAAGAGGAGAAGGAGAAUAAAUUGGAGCGUGGCGUGGUUCAGGAAUUAAUAGUAGAUAAUAUCUCUGUCAAAACGGAGGAGGAUGACCCUGCUUUUGACCCUUAUGAUUCAGAGGAUUUGCCCCGAAGUUCGAGUGUCAUAUGUAAACCAUACCCUCCUGCUGUAACACGUGUCAUGAGCACUAAACGUGAUCCCUCAAGUGCCAAGCCUAUUGUGAUAGAUCCCAUCAUCAAGCCUGUAAAGGGAAACACACCACCAAAAGAACCAGUUAAAAUCACUAAAACCAGCAGUACAGUAAACACUCCUGACACCUCCUUUCCCUCACCCAAACCUCAAGAUACACCCUCAACCCAAGCUACUGGUACUAGAGGUGAAGCUGUUAUCUCAGUUCCUGCAACAACCCUCCCCAAUCACCGUGUUAUGAGUAACUCAGUGCCGACUACUUUACCGCCUACCUUACUACAGCGUAGUAUGUCUAUACCUGAGCGGUUACCUCCACUCGGGUCCCCGGUGAGGACUCAGUUUGACAUUGACUUUGACGAGAAUUCUGAUGCUGUUUCAAUAUGUUCUGAUAUAUCAUCUGUCAGAGAGUACGCUGCGUCCUAUAGAUCCACGGGAGAUGGGAUGGAUUCCGUUUCUACGCUAUCUGAGUCUCUAGGAAUAGCUUACACAGCAGGAGAGCUCAGGAACGUGCUAACUAGCUUACUGCAACAGAAACAGGAUAUCGAAACACAAAACAGGCAGUUACAAGAGACACUGAAUAGAGAAAUGUUGACGCGAAGUUCGCUGAAAGAGGAGAUUGGGCACAUGCAGAGUACGUUCAUACAGAGACAGAGCCACGAUCAGGCAGUUAUUAGAGGGUUACAGAGAGAGAAUCAGAUGUUAAAACAACAACUAAAGAAAUACGUUACAGUCGUACAACAACUCCGUAGAGAUGAUCGUAUCCCAUCAGACCACGACCUCUCGUCAGUACUGGUAGAAGUUCCAGUGAUACAACCACUACAGAUACCAGCAGCUCAAGCUAAUGUCUCCUUCAGUAACUCAGCUCUAGAACACAAACUAGCGCAGGUAUCAGAAAUGCAUGGAGAGUUAAUGGAACUGAACCAAGAGUUGGUUACUAAGAAUUUAGCCCGAGAGAAACAGUUACAUGAAAUGGAAAAGAAGCUCACUGAAAUUGAGAACAAGGAAGCCACGAGGAAACAGAGAGAGUCUGAUCCAAAACGCGCUAAAAGUAAAGCAACAAAGCAAGAAGUUGAUUUCAGUGACUUCCAGCUUGUAGAUUCGCCACUGCUACAGAUAUGGAUACCAGCUGCAAUGAUAAAAGGAGAAGGAGCUAGAAAGCAUCACGUGUAUCAGAUAAUAGUGCAAGUUGGGGGCGAACAGUGGACUGUUUACAGACGCUACGCUGAGUUUAGGUCCUUUCACAAACUAUUGGUUGGAAAACAGCCAUAUUUCUCAAAGCUAGAGCUUCCCGGAAAAACUCAUUUCAACAGAAAGGUACCAAGUGUAGUUGAAGACAGAAGGGGUAAACUGGAAGUAUAUUUACAGAGGGUGACCAGCUGUUUAGCUGAUAGGAAACAAGGAGUAGAUUCCAUGACCAUGGAUUUACACAGUUCCCCCUGCAAAGCCUCUGUAACAUCGGCUAUACACUUUCUCAGAGAGCUAGAAGAACCGGAAGAUGUUUACCGUGGUUUCUGAGCGCAAGAUCAAAGAUCAAUAUCAAAGAUCAAGGUGCGACAUUAAAUAACAAGGUGCGAUAUUUUGGCUCCUAAAAAGCUCCUCUCAAUGUUUUGUAUAAGAGACGAAGUGAACACUGUUAGUCAAGUACCGAAAUCGAAAUAAGAUAAAUAAGGACAAUAACUUCAGUAUUUCGUUUCAUUUGAGAAAGAUAGCAAAGGACCUGUUUGGUUUUCAAUUCUAAUUAAAGAAAUAAACCGUAAAAUCUGAGGAUAAGUCUGCAGCUGGUUUGUUUUUAAGAAACUGAUAAAGUUAUGUGAUUUUACUGAUCUUUUAAUAUCAUGGCUAGUUCCAUCAUGAGGGCAAUGGCCUCGCUGUUAUACCUGGAGAAGAUCCAGAAUUUAAUCUUAUUUUAAUUGUUUAUUAAGCAUAGUUAACUUUACUAGUUUAUUAGCAGAGUUAACUUUACUAGUUUAUUAGCAGAGUUAACUUUACUAGUUUAUUAGCAGAGUUAACUUUACUAGUUUAUUAGCAGAGUUAACUUUACUAGUUUAUUAGCAGAGUUAACUUUACUAGUUUAUUAGCAGAGUUAACUUUACUAGUUUAUUAGCAGAGUUAACUUUACUAGUUUAUUAGCAGAGUUAACUUUACUAGUUUAUUAGCAGAGUUAACUUUACUAGUUUAUUAGCAGAGUUAACUUUACUAGUUCAUUAGCAGAGUUAACUUUACUAAUUUAUUAGCAGAGUUAACUUUACUAGUUUAUUAGCAGAGUUAACUUUACUAGUUUAUUAGCAGAGUUAACUUUACUAGUUUAUUAGCAGAGUUAACUUUACUAGUUUAUUAGCAGAGUUAACUUUACUAGUUUAUUAGCAGAGUUAACUUUACUAGUUUAUUAGCAGAGUUAACUUUACUAGUUUAUUAGCAGAGUUAACUUUAUUAGUUUAUUAGCAGAGUUAACUUAACUAGUUUAUUAGCAGAGUAUCAGAUUUUUCCAGUUACUGUUGGUAACUGCAGUUGUGUGUGUGUGUGUGUGUGUGUGUGUUUCGUCUUAAUGUUUUAAUGUUAUUAUUUCAUGUCUGUGAAUGUUGAGUUUCAACUGAUUAUUUUCAUUUUACGAGUAUGUAACCAUGGUUACAUGUAAUCAUGGUCACGUGUAAUGUCUGUGUUUGCAGAUAUUUUAGUUUUAAGGAAUGUCCGGUAACUCAACCCCGGUAUUCAUUAA